UUAUUUGUGGUUGUCCCUGCUGUUCUUGUCUUUGUCCUUGAUUAAUCAGAAUUUUAUCUUUAAAAAAGACAAGAUGCACUUUCCAUUUUAUGAUUCAAGCGAUCUUUGCGAAAUUAGUUCAAAUGAGAAAAUUGAAGAAAAGGAUGAUGAGCAAAAAUCGAAUCCUAUUAAUUUUGAUGUGGAAAUUGAUACAGAUACGGUUAUUGUAGGAAAUGGCCCAGCAGGAAUUUCCCUUUCUGCAAUGCUUGCAGGAUGGCAUCCAUUCUAUAACAAUUCCAACCCCCAUCCAAAUCCUCAAAUCCACGCACAAUUUACUUCAACUGAAAAUCAAUCUCUUCUUUUUCAAGAUUUAACUUCCGCCGCCACCCUUUUAACUUCUUCAGAACACUCAACUUCCAAUUUAACCCCUUUUGGUUGUCUUUAUGAUUCCCUCGUUCGACCCUCAUUUUUUAAUGAUUUACAAACUGAAAAUGAAAAUAAUCCAAAUAAAUCUUCAAUUAUAUGGAGGCAAAUUCCAAAUAAUUCUGUUCCACACAUUGUAUUGGGGGAUACACAAAUUGGUGGGUCUUGGACUGGAUUUGAAGAUGAGGUGUGUGGAUUUGAUUUGAAAAAAUUUAAAGAAAAAAAUUUUUUAUUUUUAAAAAUAGGGGGAAAGGAGGGUGAGAGAGGAAGAGAAUUUAUUUAUGGAAUUUUAAUUUUAAAUACCUAGAAAAUUGCAGAGGGAAGAAAAUUUCUAAGAAUAUAGCUUGUAAUAGCUCCUUGUUCCGAAGCCUUUAGAGGAUUAAACAAAAAAUAUUUUUGACUCACAAAAUUUAAAAAUAUACAUAUUACUUUAUAAUUCUCAUUUCGGAUACUGGUUCCGGAUCCAAAUGAUCUCCCAGGAUCUGCCUUGAUUGGAGUUUUGGACGGGAUCUGUCCAAUCCUUCACGUGAAUACAGAACCUAUUUUUGGAGAAAUAUGUACAUAUUGAAAGCAUCGAAGCACAUUUUCGGGAAAAUUCGGGGGGAGAUUAAUUAAUCUUUGUAAAUUUCGAAACCAAAAAAUUCAAAAUUCUUCCAAGAAAAACGAAGGGUCCAUGGGAGGGAAACUGCAUUAAUUACUAUAAUUUAUCAAAAAAAUUUUUUUUUAAUUUCCAAAUUUUAAUUUUAAGGAAAAUUUGGAG